AUGACGUCGCACCCGGACGAUGCGCCAGACAUCCCUCCGCCUCCAUAUUCUGAGACGGACAUAUAUUCCAACCCUGAUUCUCAUGGACGUUCUCCUGUACUUGCUCAGUCACAGGUCAUGCCUGCUCAUCCUCGGACACCGUCCCAUAGUAACUCCAACAGCAUUCCUGUGAUGGAUGACGCUUCAUCAGCCGCGUCCACAAGCGGGGAGGUAAUCUAUACACCACCGCUCAGUCCUAGCAGCCCACGGUCACAUUCUUUCAGCGGCAGCACCCCAGGCAACAAUAACUUGCUCAGUCCGAGACUUCCGCAACAGCAGCAAAACACCGUAUCUGUCUCCUCGGAGCAUUUGACCAGCGCAUCGGCAGAGGCCUACUUCGAGUCAAGACCGGUGCCGGCUUCCUAUGAUAGUAUCGAGCAGGUGAGGCACACUAUCGUCGUCAAGGAGGAUAGUUCGCCGGACGAUUUUCCCUACUGUGGUGACUGGGCACAGCGAGACGUCAAAGAAGAGGACUGGCAGACUUUCUUGAACUACUUGCUGCCUUACCACGCGGCGCAUCGUAACGAGGCGAUCAUCGACCGGAAGCUCAGGGCAGAGGGCAUGGACACAGACGAUGCGAAGUCUGCACGCAGCAACAGGAGCGAGAAGAGUGCCAGGGACGCUGGUGCCGAGGAGAGAACGCCUGUUGAGGCGCAACUCGACCAAAUUCGCACGCCUGAUCUGCAGCAAAGACAAAACGUUGAGGAAACAGUUCGGGAAUGGAACGAUGGCUUCUUCGGGCCAAGAGGAAUGACCAUUAACUUGGAUGGGACUGCAACUACAAGGGAACAUUAUCCCAUACCAGGUGCCUGGGACCAGUCUUUCAACAGCAACAAUAACCCCGAAUUUGCGAAUGCUGGCAAUCUGCCAACCGACAGGCGAGCAAAUAAUAGCGGUCCAUCUGGACCUCCACGUCAGCCCGAUAAUACAGGCCGCUGGCGGCGAUUCAACCCGAUCAACAGGCGCGACAACGCAUCUAGUGGCCUUAACAUCCGGGGUGUUUCCAUCGACUCUGGUGGUGUCUCUAUCGGCAGGAAUUUCGUCGCUAAUCCUAAUGGUUUGAGGAUCGGUGGCGUUGUCAUGGAUAACAAUGGUGUCAGGAUCCGGGGCCGUGAUCUCUUUGGAGGUGGACGCAUGGCUUCGCCACCAACAGCCCAGCCAACCGCACCGCCUGCACCGCCUGCCUCUCUCAUGACACCAAUGCCUCCCCUGCCUCAUGGUUACUCUCAGGACCAGGAAGCCUACUAUGCGCAAGUGCCGCCCCCACCGCCUGGUUUCACGAUUCCGGACCCCCCUCCAGUGUUUGGCGCGCACAGCCACGACGAGUAUCCCGAUGAGAAGGCUGAAGGUCGCACUCGCGGUCCGGACAGGCAUCAUGACCACCACCAUCGCCAUGGACAUGGACGUGGACGUGGACCAGGGCGCUUCAGCAAUGGAAACCCCCACCGCCACCGAUCACGAUCCUCCUCUUCAUCGUCAUCAAGCAGCAGCAGCAGCUCCUCGUCCUCUUCAGGAUCUGACUCGGACAUAUCGAUCGGCUCGUUGCCCGACUAUGACGACCUCAAAGAUAGCCAGCUACCGGUCGCAAAGACAUACCUGGAAGAGUGGCUAUCGCGGCCCGAGAACCUUGUUACCCGUGAGGCGGUCAAGGAAGCCAGAGAAGAAAUCAAGGCCGCCAGGAAGACCGCCCCGCAGGAUAUCAGUGACGCCGCGGCCCGGGAGAUCAUGCGCCAGCAGGUGCGAGGCAUGAUGGGCCAGUGGAAAGUGCUGAAGAAGGAGCAACGAAGCGCGAGGAGACAGAGAAGGAGCGAGAAAAGGGCCCGCCGCAGGGCUGAGAAGAGGGCUCGCCGUCAGGCCAGGCGCGACAGGAAGCAAACCAGGCGCCAGGCCAGGCGAGACGAGAAGCAGGCUAGGCGUGAGUCGAAAGGCGAGAGGCGCAGCGCGCGGCGCUUUGAGAGGGCGGGGCGCCGUGAUCACAGCCACGAUGGUGGCCAUCACUCACACGGCGGGCCUGGCCCGUUCGGCCAUCACGGCGGGCCCGGCCCGUUCGGUCCUGGUCAUCAUGGCGGGUUCAACCCCUUCAGCGCCAGAGGGGGCCCGUUCGGACUUGGCGGGUCGGGGUUCCCGGGCGCGGGCUUCGGCCCCGGCGCCCGCCAUCGAGGUCCCCAAGGGCCUUUCCAGACCGGGCCGCUGCCGUGUGGUGGGCGGGGAGGGCGUGGUGGAGGUCCGGGCAACUGGGGAGAAGGUCUCGCACGCGGCAUGGAAGACUGGUCACGGCGCAUGAGUGACUGGAGCCGGGACUUCUCUGCCGCACAUGGUGGACCGGGUGCUACGGGUCAGCCGAGGUUCCCUGGGGCAUGGCCUGCCGAGGCGGAGGACCAAUACCAGGACAAGGAAGCUCCUGGCCAGGACGGGCGCCAGGAGGAUGGGAUUCAGCUAAAGGAUAAUGACGGCGGUCCGCACGCCGCCUCGGCAGCGAUGUACAGUUCCCUUGAGACAAAAAGGGAGGUGCUGCAGGGCAAGAGGGAAGCUCUGGCGAAUUUCACGGGUGACUCCCAAGGGGAAGAUAGUCAGGGCCAAAAACAGGGCGCGCCGACGCUGGUUGGUAUACUUGCUGAGAUCGAGGAGCUUGAGAAGGCCGUCAGCAAGCUCGGCCUUGAGGCUGACGAGCAGUUCGCGAAGGAGCUGGCAGCUCUUGAGGACUAG